CAUCGCUGUUCCUCCUCAGCGCCUCAGUCGUGCUGUGGAGAGUUUGUCAUGUAAAGCGUACGAGGACGUUUGAGAGGGAAAACUCGCUCUUUCUUCCCGAAGAAGCGUCGUCAGGUGCUGGUUUUCGCUCAGAUAAGUGCUUAAAUAGAUUUUCUCUGCGGCUGAAUGAGCUCCUCGGAUGUGUUUCUGUGAGGCUCCGCUGUCAUGCUGGUUGAGUGAGGAGCGCUGAGAAGAGUCAAGACUCCGUGACAACAUGAACACCAUCGGGGUUUCAUUUCUGGACCCUCUGGAUGACUAUGAGAUCCUCCACAGGAUCGGGAGCGGAACAUACGGGGACGUGUUUAAGGCAAGAAACAUCAAGACUUCAGAGAUGGCUGCUAUUAAGAUCGUUAAACUGGAUCCUGGAGACGACAUCUCAUCAAUCCAGCAGGAGAUCACCACGAUGAAGGAGUGCAAGCAUAAGAACAUUGUGGCCUAUUAUGGCAGCUAUCACAGGAACACAAAGCUGUGGAUCUGUAUGGAGUAUUGUGGAGGAGGGUCUUUACAAGACAUAUAUCAUGUGACUGGCCCCCUUAAGGAGAAACAGAUUGCUUAUAUCUGCAGGGAAACUCUGCAGGGUUUAAAUCAUCUGCAUGAGACUGGCAAAAUUCACAGAGAUAUUAAGGGAGCCAACAUACUUCUCACUGAACGAGGAGAUGUCAAACUGGCUGAUUUUGGGGUUGCUGCAGAGAUCAGUGCCUCCGUUGCCAAGAGGAAGUCUUUUAUUGGAACUCCUUACUGGAUGGCUCCUGAGGUCGCAGCCGUGGAGAAGAAAGGUGGCUAUAACCACUUGUGUGAUAUCUGGGCUGUGGGCAUCACUGCCAUCGAGCUAGCAGAGCUGCAGCCGCCCAUGUUUGAUCUUCAUCCCAUGAAAGCUCUGAUGGUGAUGUCCAAGAGCAGUUUUCAGCCACCUAAACUGAAAGACAAGGCAAAAUGGUCUUCAGCCUUUCAUAGCUUUGUGAAGAUGUGUUUAACUAAGAGUCCACGAAAGAGACCCACAGCAGAAACUCUUUUACAGCAUCCCUUUGUGACACAGUUACUGACCAGAAACCUGGUCAUUGAGCUGCUGGACAUGGCCAACAAUCCAGAUCUCCAUCAAGCACCCACUAUCGAGGACAAUGACCAGGAUGUGAGCGAUGCUACUCCAGAUAAGAUUCGGGCUAAGGGAAAGUGUUUACCCGUGGAGAGGAGUCUAUCUGACGAACAGUUUGACCAGGUAAAGUUUGCUCCUCUGCGGAGGAAAGAGACAGAUCCCUAUCCAGAUCUGGGUUCGUGUGAUGACUGGAGCCUUUCAGGGGAUGAAGCUGAGUCUCCGAGUCUUCUGGAAUGUGUGGAAGAGGAGCUGCAGCAGAGGAGCCUGACAAUAAAAAGACUGUCUUCCUCUGAGUGGGGGAAGAGGGAAAGUGGAAUGUUCAGCGCCCCACCUGCCUCAGCCACUGCAUCACUUCCUCCUAUGAGUGCUUUUAGCGCAGCUCAGGAGGACAAAGACCUGACUCUGAGACCCAGCGCAACCCUGCAGCCUGAUCCUGCACCAGGCUCACGGCCCAGCUCAGUACUGAUAAGGUGCUCAGCCAGUCAGGACGUGCGGCAGUGGUGCAGUGACCCUUGUGUUCCAGAGGGAGACGAUACACAGGAUGAACAGAAAACUCUUACCAGAUCUACCAGCAGGGACACAGCUCUCUCUCCAGAGUGGAGCACCAUGAGGAGGAAAGCAGAGGAUUCGAGAGCUGAUUCUCAUGGACUACCUCCUACUCCCCAAGUCCAUAUGGGGGCCUGUUUCUCCAAAGUCUUCAACGGCUGCCCACUAAAAAUCCAUUCUGCCGUGACAUGGGUUUUUCCAAAGACUAGAGAUCAGUACCUGAUUUUGGGGGCAGAGGAGGGGGUCUACACACUCAAUUUGAAUGAGCUUCACGAAGACACUUUGGAAAAGUUGCUUCCACAGAGAUGUACCUGGCUGUAUGUGAUGAACAAUGUCCUCAUGUCUGUCUCUGGAAAAUCAUCUCAGCUUUGCUCUCACAACCUAGCAGCCCUGUUUGAGCAGCGUGGACACUUGCAAAGGAAGCAGGGCCACUUAUCCCUAAGCACCAACCGCUUCACUGAGAGGAUCAUCCACAGGAAGUUUGCUGUGUCACUAAAGAUCCCAGACACUAAGGGUUGUCGAAAGUGCAGUGUUGCUCGCAACCCAUACACUGACAGCACGUUCCUGUGUGCGGCUGUUCCCUCCGGGCUCGUUUUGCUGCUGUGGUAUGAACCCCUGCAGAAAUUUAUGCAUCUUAAGCACAUAGCUGUGAUCCUGCCUGACCCUUUGGUCAUCUUUGAGCUGCUGGUUUUGGUGACAGAUGAGCUUCCUCAGCUCUGUGUAGGAGUGAGGGAAUGCAGGCCACGGAAUGAUGAACUUCAGACUGAGACUGAACAGCAGCUAAAGUUUGACAUCAUACAACUGAACGGCACGUCCAGUUCCCAACCAGACAGUGAAUGUGUAAGAGCAGUGCAGGUAACACAGCUGGACAGAGAUACAGUUCUGAUUGCACUAGAAAAAACAGUGAAGAUCGUAAAUCUUCAGGGUGUCCCUAGCAAGGAGUUAGCUUCAGAACUGGACUUUGACUUCCCUAUAGAGACUUUAGUUUGUUUACAGGACAGCGUUUUAGCUUUCUGGAAACAUGGACUUAAAGGCCGUAGCCUGCACAAUUGUGAGGUAACACAAGAAAUCACAGAUGAAACUAGAAGAUUUCAAGUUUUAGGCACAAACAGAGACAUUGUUCUACAGAGCACCCCAACAGACAACCCUUCAGCCACCAGCAACUUAUACAUUCUGACUGGUCAUGAGAGCAGCUACUAACAAGAGAGAAAGGAGAGACUGGAUUGAUCAGACAGAGAUGAAUAUACACAUAUCAGCGUUCCCUCUUUCUGCCUGGAGGAUUAAAGUACCCAUCAGGAAACUCCAAGGACAAGAGAUCAUCAGGAGUCGCAAAUAAUACGGCUUUAAUUUCACCCAACACCAAAACUCAAACUACAUUCUGUGUGAGAAAUAGACACUACACAUGUAGUGAAUUCUCUGGUACACAUUAGAAGGGUACACAAAAGGAACGAUGCCCAGAGUGUCACCCAGUACAACACUCACUGCUCUCUGAUCGUCUUUGCUCCCCCAAACACUGGAUAUGUUUUAUUUUAUGAGUACCCAUAUAAAAUGCCCCUCUUUUAGUGACUAAGCCUCAUCAAUUGAAAGAUCCUGCUUAAUGGUAUUUCUUCUUAACCAGAAUCUAAAGAACUUAAGGAUCCUUCUGCCAUGAACCAUCACAGCACUUACAAAUAAAAUGUUUUUAUACACUU